UGUUCCUAACAGAGGCUAAAGCCAAUUCAGUUUUAAAGAGAUAUCCACGAGCUAAUGGUCUUUUUGAAGAAUUUAAGCAAGGAAAUAUUGAACGUGAAUGCUUUGAAGAACGCUGUAACAAGGAAGAGGCAAGAGAAGCUUUUGAAAAUGAUGAGAAGACAGUAAGUUAUUGUACAUUAUAG